CAGUCACUGCCAGCCAUAUCAUAGCACUGAAAAAAAGAACACAUAUUUUAAGAUUUUUUCUAAAGUAAAAAGGAAGAUUUUACGAUAUUUCUAUUUUAUUAUAUAUCGUGACGUUUUACUACAAGGAGAUACAAUGCAUUUUACAUUACAAAAGCGAAAUAAGACGUGGAUGCCAGCUAUCAAUCUGAGCAUCGUGGGAUUGAUGGUUUAUAUUAUGGCCUGCCCUGCGUCCAGUAUGGAUGUGCUGGUCCAUAACCGCAUCAACGUCCUGAACGGCACCAUGGUGAAGAUCCAGUGCAUCUUCACCUCCUGCUACAAGGUGGACGUCAACAAGUUUGCCAUGAACUGGACCUACCAAGAGAACACCAAUGAGACUGAGGAGAUGUUCAUGACCUAUAAGAAGGGGAUGAUGCCCCUGCGGACAGACCGGUUCAGUGACCGGGUGCAGUUUGUGGGUAACCUGGAAAAGAACGACUUGUCCAUCACCCUCUCUGAUGUCCAGCUGUCGGACGAGGGAGUCUAUAACUGCUACGUCCGUAACCCCCCUGACCGCAUCCAGGGCCACGGAAUCAUCAAUAUGUUUGUCGUCACAGAACUGCCUCCCCCGCGGGACUCGACAAUAGCGGUGGCGAUCGGGGCAUCAGUCGGCGGUGCGCUGGCUCUGCUCAUCCUGUCCAUGGUGGUGGUGAAGUGUAUAAGGCGCCACAAGAAACAGGAGCUCAUCUCUGAUGAGCAGAAGAUGGAGGAAGAGGGCAAGCUGGAUGCAGAGGGGGGCACCGAGGAGGGAACCAAGAAAGCAUUCUUGCCAGAAGAUGUAUAGCGACCCUUCCUUGAAUCCUUGUCCAGCAUCUGCCUCACCCCACGCCCCCUCCUUCCCUCCCCUUGUCCAGCCAAACAAAAUUGCCGUUGUGGGAAGCCCCAGCCGCCAGCCACGCCAGCCACGCCACCCCUGCCUCUGUCUUCAGUCGGCCAUCUUAUCUUCUCUCUGCUUUGACAAGAAGCCACAAAAGGCGGAGGAGUCUAGUGGACGGCAGCCUCCAAACGACAUUCCUCUUUCCCCUUUAUCCUCGCUUCUAGUCUCUCUUAAAAUACAGACGUAGGACAUUUGAAGUACAAUGAAGGACAUUUAAAAUGUGUACUGUAUUUGAGGUUUAAAAAGGGUUCUGAAGUCAUUUACACUUGGACAUUUUAGACCUGAUUUUCCCUUACGGAAAAUGUAUCAACUCCUAGAGAAAUAUCAAUUCAUUAUGAUCCACAUAAUAAUUAACAUGUCCUGCCGCUGCAGGAUUAUUUUCCUACUGUAGCAAACGGGCACAAAUUAAAACACCCGUGAUUACUGGGAAAGAUCCCUCUCCCUCUCUCUCUCUCUCUCUCUCUCUCUCUCUCUCUCUCCCUCUCUAUUGCUCUCUCUCUCCCUCUCUCUC